AUGUUAUGGAUUAAAAUAGUUUGUGUUCUUGCCUUAAUGUCUUCCAGCAUUUAUAGCUUGAAAUUGAUCUUCGAAAGAGUUGAAGUUACAUACGUGGAUACAAAUUACUAUGAAUACGUCUUUGCAAACGUUACUCGCUAUGGAAGACGUAGCGACUAUUAUCUAAAUAUUGAAUUUAAAAGCAUAUACGCUGCCGACAACAAUGUCACGGUUCACAUCUUAUACUACGAAUUUCGUCGGAACCAGUACAGGCGUUCGUUUAUCGAGGGUCAUUACAAGUUGUGCGAUUUCCUCAUUGACGAUCCAUAUAUUGGUGUAUUUGUAUCGGCAGUUGGCUUCGAAUGUCCUGUGAAAGCUGCUAUAUACAUCAUGCCGAACGUAACUAUUCCUAUGGGAGAUUUCCCCAACGUGUUUCCCUUUGAAAAAGGACGCAUUGACGCUACCUUUGAAGUGACUGCGACUCGUAAACCAUUGGUCGAAUCAAAACUUUAUCUUACUUUUAAAAAUGAAGUUAAAAGCAAAAAGCGCGGAUAA